GACGAUUCGGAGUUUCCCGUGAAACCUCCAUCGGUCCCGGGUGCAGCGAGCGGCGCGUAUUUCAGGAAUCCGUCGCUUGAGCUGCUUUCUUCACACGCUCACGGCCGCUGUUCUGCACCACGUCCCUGUCUUUGAACCUUGUGAACAUCUGUACUCGACGUCUGUGCUUUAAGUCAACGCUCAUUGGCUGGAGUCCAGGUAACCGGCAGAAAUGUCUCAUUCUAAGCCGCUGCUCAUCCCGUGGCUGCGGGCCGAGAUCGACAGCGCCAAGUAUCCCGGCGUGUUCUGGACAAACCCGGAGCGGACCGAGUUCUCCAUCCCGUGGAAACACGCUUUGCGACAGGACUCCUGCAACACGGACGUCCUCAUCUUCAAGGCCUGGGCGGAGGUGAGUGGCGGCGGCCGUGCUCACGGUGAACCCUCGGUCUGGAAAAGGAACUUCCGCAGCGCCCUGCGGGUCAAAGGCUUCCAAAUGGUCUCCGACGACAAGAACGACGCCGCUAACCCCCACAAAGUGUUCCGCUGGCCGGGGGACCCCCCCCCGGGAGCCAACUCCUCGGCCGGAACCCAGGACCAAAGCUACCCCGAUUUGUUGGCGGAUUGUCACUCUCCUACACAAGAAAGCCAGCCUGUCCAAUGCUUUGAAGAAGGUCUCUUGUACGCAGGUAAGGAACCGCUAGCCGUCUCCUUGGCCUGCGUUCGGUAUUUCAGAAGCUACGGUGAAUCCGCCGCCAACCAGGACAUUCUCCAGGAGUGCCUCCGGGGACUGAACAUCAGCCUUCAAGAAGAGGGCUGCGCAGACUACGGUCCCCUUCCUGAGAAUCAACUGCUGCUAAACCAGGUCGUGACUGAUGCGUUGCCCGGGCAACAGCAGUAUCCGGUCAUGCUCGAGGGUGCAAUCGCUGAAGUUGGGUUGCCCGAGCAAGCGGCGAGUUCGAUGGAGGGAGCCGUGGGGGGCGGCUGUGACGGGGAGUUGGUGGACCACUUCCUAGAGACCAUGUCCAAGGCCAAAGACGGAGAGAAUUUCAAGACUCAUUUCAGGAUAUCGGUGUACUACAGAGGGGUGUUGGUGUCUGAGCAGCUGGUUGAGAAUGAAUGUGGAAUUCGUCUAGUCUACAGGCCCGAACUCGACGGCACCGUUUUGGACCAUGAGUCCGGCCUGUCGCUGGUCUCUCUGCCGAGUCCCAGCGCCAUGCUGGAUCAAACCCAGGCCAAACUGACCCAAAAAAUCCUAGACGGCCUCGGCGAUGGUUUGGACGUUGGGGUGUCAGGCUGUGUGGUCUACUGCCACCGACGGGGGAUCAAAACAUUUUGGAGCUUCUCCAAGUACGACCGGAGCAAUCAGACGCAAGAGGUUCCUAAACUGGAGCCUCAGCCACUGUUCCAGUUCCAGGGCUUUGUGAGAGAAAUCUUGGACUUCAUCAAUGGGGGAAAAAGCCCUCACUGCUCCCUGUUCUUCUGCCUCGGGGAGAAGUGGCCGGACCCAGAAAACAAGCCUUGGGAGAGGAAACUCAUCACCGUGGAGGUGGUCCUGACGUCAAUGGAAGUGCUGAAGAACAUCGCGGUCGCAGGCGGCGCCUCUUCCCUGCAGUCUUUGGACCUGCAGAUGUCCCUCGAGGAGAUGAUGGAGAUGUAGUGACGCACUUUGUUUUAAAGAAAUAACACCUCAACACCCCAAUAUUGUCUCACCUGGAACCCUUAGUUCCUAGAAGUGUUUGUUAAACGAUAAACGCUCUCAACAAACAUAUAAUGUUCAAAACAUCAAACUCAACUGUUCAAUUCAAGUCUAAAUGUUUUUUGAUGAGUAUCGGCACGAUCGGGAUCAGGAAUCAGGAUCCUGAUCCUGCACACGAGCACAAUCCGAGACGACGGAUCACGACAACGCACCGCUUGAGAAAAAGGUCAACAUGAUUUGCAGAUGUUUAUUUCCAUUUCUGACAAAACUAUCCAUUGAAAUACACAACAUUUAACUACACACUUCCAAGACUUUAUCAAAUAUUGGACGAUGUCACAAUGUUGUAACAACAAAAUCGGUUCCUUCUCAGUAACCAUUAAUUCAACUCCCACCAGUGUGACCGUAUCCCUGCUCUAUCUUAUGCGUAUGGAUACAGAGAAGAGAAAAUGAACAUAUAUAUAUAUAUAUAUGUGUCCUUUCUUAACUUUUAACUCUUUAACAUUUACAAUAUUUAUGUUUUAAAUUGAAGAAAUGUGACGUUUCCAAAGGAAAUCAAUAAACUCAAUGGACUUGA